UAUCGACGCGCUCCUUGCUGUGGUAACGUAUUGUGUGAGCGACUUACGAGAUUAAGUGACUUCCGAUUGCUUCAAAAUGAGCCCUAUUAGUAAUGACAUGGCCCAAAAUGGCGGCAUCACACUCCCGGCAUAUGUACUUGACGAUUGCAAACCUCAAGACGUGGGGAGCUCCAUGAUAGAGCACGGCUGUCAAAAGCAACCCUUCUACAUAUUUGAUAUAGACGAAGCUUACUACAGAAUACAAUAUUUUAGGAAUUCUAUGCCUCGGAUACAGGUAUUUUAUGCAAUGCAAGCAAAUGAUACAGAAAUGAUGUUGAAGUUGGGUAUGGCAUGCAGCUUGAAUUUUAGUUGUUCGUCACCCUUCGAAGUCUACAAAUUACGAUAUCACAACAUUUCUCCAGAGAGCAUACUCUACACAAUACCGUCAAAAAUGGCUGAUCACAUGAAAUACGCAAGAGACUCUAAAAUUAAAUACACUACGUUUGAUUCCUCUGAGGAAUUAAGGAAGUUGAAGGAAUACUGGCCGGAUUCACGGUUACUUCUGCGGAUUCGAGUUGGAUCGGAAAAAGAAAUAAAUCUUGAAGAGAAAUUUGGUUGCGAUUUCGAAAGUGAAGCUGUGGAUUUAUUAGAAGAGGCAGCGAGUCUUGGAUUAAAGGUGAUAGGAGUUGCUUUCCAUGUCGGCAGUAAAUGCACCGCGGUUAACAGAUACUUGGUAGGGCUGACGUACGCCAGGGCUCUGUUCGACCACGAGGCAAAUGUCGGCAGAACGAUGACAGUGGUUAAUAUAGGAGGAGGAUUUUGUGGUGUCAAAACAAAUGCAAUUGAUCAGGUCUCCAAAUUCAUAAAUAGAAAGAUUGAAGAUAUCUUUCCUGAUCCCAAAGUGAAGAUUAUUGCGGAGCCUGGACGAUACUUUUGUGAAUCAGCUUUCACCCUCUACUGUAGUAUAAAUAGUGUUCGGAAAUCCACGAGGAACGAUAAAACAGUGAAUAUGAUUUACCUCAACGACGGGAUUUACGGGACCAUGAGAUUUGUUGAGCACAAACCCACCAAGUUCAAGAGAGCAAACGAUGACGAGUCAGGCAAUCAAGAAGUAAUUCUAUGGGGUCCUAGCUGUGACUCCUACGACCGUGUGAUGAAAGACGUUGUACUACAGCUGCCUAAUAUCACGCCCAGUGAUUGGCUGGUAUUCAAUAACCAUGGCGCUUACACAAUAACGUAUGAGACUCGAUUCUCCAGCUUGUUGACGCCGUUGAUAAGACCUGUGGUUACUAUGGAUACAAUGCACAAACUUAAAAAUACGAACAUAUUUUCGUCGAGAGACUUCAUAGUCCAUCCGGACAGCCUAGCUCUGCCCAUUACAAUGCCUCUUCUUUUAAAAAGCGAGCCAACGUCCAAAAAAGCGAGACUCCACCCGCAAGUCCCUACACUCAUUGUGUAGAUGAGACAAAAGUGUUUACAGAACAAUGACGUCACUACAAUGGUCACCACUGGAAAAAGAGGAUCAAGACUAAUAAUAGAGUUAAUUGUUGUGUGGGUACAGUUCUGUAAAAAAGUAUUGUAGACAA